AGCCGUGCAUGUGCGGCAAUAACAUGUCAGCCCCGCUGCCCGCCAUCGUGCCCGCCGCCCGCAAGGCCACCGCGGCGGUUAUUUUUCUUCACGGAUUGGGAGACACAGGGCAUGGAUGGGCAGAAGCCUUUGCAGGUAUCAGAAGUUCACAUAUCAAAUACAUCUGCCCACAUGCGCCAGUUAUGCCUGUAACAUUAAAUAUGAAUAUGACUAUGCCUUCUUGGUUUGAUAUUAUUGGGCUUUCACCUGGUUCACAGGAAGAUGAACCUGGAAUCAAGCAGGCGGCAGAAAAUGUCAAUCUGAUAGACCAAGAAGUGAAGAAUGGAAUUCCUUCUAACAGGAUUAUUUUGGGAGGAUUUUCCCAGGGAGGAGCUUUAUCUUUAUAUACUGCUCUUACCACACAGCAGAAACUGGCAGGUGUCAUUGCACUCAGUUGCUGGCUUCCACUUCGGGAUUCAUUUCCACAGGGUCCUAUCACUGGCGCUAAUAAAGACAUAUCUAUCCUCCAGUGUCAUGGAGAUUGUGACCCCUUAGUCCCCCUAAUGUUUGGUUCCGUUACUACUGAAAAGCUAAAAACAUUGGUAAAUCCAGCCAAUGUAGCCUUCAAAACCUAUGGGGGCUUGAUGCACAGUUCAUGUCACCAGGAAAUGAUGGAUAUCAAGCAAUUCAUUGAUAAAGUCCUACCGUCAGUUGAUUGACAUCACUAAGAGGCCUUGGGUAGGAGUACACCAGCAUCACUGUAGUAGAGUAGAAACUUUUAAAAUGUGCCCAAUCCUGAAACCUCUUGUUUGCAGUGUUAGAAUGUUUUGCAAAUACGUACCAAUGACACAAACUAAAUGUCUCCUCAUGGGAAAUGUAUGUUCUUUUAAGUUUCUUUUCAUGUAUCUGUAUAUUGUGAUCCCAGAGUAAU